UGAAAUAUCCAGAUACCAUCUGAUUCAGCAUUUUAGUUCUUUCAUUUCAAACCGUUCACUGUUUUGACUUUUUUGUGCAACUCUUACUAGUAAUUAAUUGACUAAAUUGGAUCAACAUGUCUAUCGAAAGUUAUAAUGGUGGUGCUGUAAUGGCCAUGGCUGGUAAAGAGUGCUUAGCUGUUGUUUGUGACAAAAGGCUAGGAGCUCGUUUAACCACUAUCGGCAUGAAUCAUAGCAAGAUUUAUGAAAUUAACCCUUACCUCUAUGUGUGCCUUCCUGGUUUGGCUACUGAUGCAUUAACCGUUUACCAGCGAUUAAGAUUCCGUGUUAAUAUGUAUGAACUCAAGGAAAGUCGUAAAAUUUCUCCGCAAGUUCUUUGUUCUAUGCUUUCUAACUUAUUGUACGAGCACCGGUUUGGUAAUUACUUUAUUGGUGGUGUUGUUGCAGGAUUAGACCCAGCUACUGGUAAAACAUAUCUUUACGCUAUGGACUGUUUAGGUGCUAUAACUAUCGGAACAGAAGGUUUUGUUACUGGUGGUCACUGCGAAGAACAAUUAUAUGGUACUUGCGAAGCUCUUUACCGGCCAGAUUUAGGACCUGAAGAAUUACUUGAAGUAGCUUCCCAAGCCUUUCUUUCUGCAUGUGACAGAGACGCUGGAUCAGGUUGGGGAGCCUUUGUAUACAUCGUCACCAAGAAUAAAGUUGAACUUAAAUCUUUAAAGGCCAGGAUGGACUAGUUCAUAAUAAGAUCAAACAGGCUUUUUGUAUUCUCACGUUCACUUUUUUUCUCUACUAAUAUGGAAUAAAUUUGCGAAAAAAGGAAA